AAGACAGAGAGGACGUUCAUAAUGGUAAAGGUGGACGGUGUUCAGCGAGGACUGGUUGGAGAAAUCAUAAAACGCUUCGAGCAGAAGGGAUACAAGUUGGUGGCUCUCAAGUUUCUGAAAGUGAGACUUGUUUUGGAUGUUAGCUAGCUAAAAUAGUGUCAGCCUCAUUUGCCAGCCAUCUACGGAGCUGGUGCAGGAGCACUACAGGGACCACAUUUCCAAAGAUUUCUACGAUGGUCUGUGCAAGUUAAUGUCAUCAGGACCUGUGGCUGCUAUGGUGACUUGCUCAGUGUGAACCAUAGACUUGUUUGACUGUGUCGCUGCAGGUAUGGGAGGGACUAAAUGCAGUGUGUACUGGUCGCCAAAUGUUGGGAGAAACUGAUCCCAUAAACUGUCCUCCCGGCACAAUCCGUGGAGCGUGUAUUGACAUCAAACGAACAGUCUGUCAUGGUAGUGAUGGUGUUGAGGCUGCAGGGAGGGAGAUCAGUCUCUGGUUCAAGGAAGAAGAGAUAGUGACUUUGGGUAUCCAACUGCAGUCAAUGGAUGAGUAGGGCUUGCUGAAUUCCUUCUGGUCUAUAUCAUUAUGUAGCAAUCAAAAUCGUUUCAUGAGCAAACGUAGACGUCAUGUGAUUGCAGAGCGUUCCAUGAUGGCGUUGGGAGUAGCGGCAGUUCUGUUGCUGUUACUGAGUGCCUGGUCUCCGGGAACUGAAGCAGUUGGUUCUCGACGUCGAUCUCUGUUGGGUCUACUGUCAGGACGUCCAGAAGCGGGAGCAGCUAGUGCCUACUCCUACGAGACGGCAUACUUCCCCCAGAUACUGGACCAUUUCGUCGCCGCCGAGUCUCGGAGCUUCCAGCAGCGUUACCUAGUGAACAGGCAGUGGUGGAAGAGCGGAGGACCUAUCUUCUUCUACACUGGAAACGAGGGCGACAUCACGUGGUUCUGCAACAACACAGGGUUUGUGUGGGAUAUAGCUCCACGCUAUGGAGCCAUGGUGGUGUUUGCCGAGCAUCGUUACUAUGGAGAAUCCUUGCCAUUUGGCAAUGAUUCAUACAAAGACGCAGCUCAUCUUUCGUACCUCACAUCAGAACAGGCGCUGGCAGACUUUGCUGUGCUGGCUACUGCUCUGAGAAAUUCCAUAUACAAGACCCCCUCAAGUCCUCUCAUUGCUUUUGGAGGGUCCUACGGAGGGAUGCUAGCUGCAUGGUUCAGAAUGAAGUACCCAGCCAUAGUACAGGGUUCUAUUGCAGCCUCAGCACCCAUCUGGUGGUUCCAGGGACUUACUCCUUGUGACAGUGCUUACCUCACCAUCACCAGAGACUUCUCAUCAGUCAACCCCAACUGUAGUGACAACAUUGCAAGGUCCUGGGCUGCUAUCGACAGAGUUGCAAAGAGUGGUACGUACACAUACAUACUCAUACAUGCUGAGUAAGUGCCCAGAAUACAGGGUGUCCUGGGUUCGAAUCUCACCUGGGGCAACUGUUUUUCCUUGGGGAAAAAGGAGUUGUCCAAGGUGUAUAUCCUCAUCUGCACAAUGCUCUGUAUUCAUUUAGACCUGGACUGGAUCAGAACUACCUUCAAACUCUGCUCUCCUCUGACCCCUACCUCUGUGGAUAGUUUCAAGUCAUGGAUAAUGGACACAUUCUUCAACCUGGCAAUGGUGGACUAUCCUUACCCAGCAAAUUUCCUGGCUCCCCUCCCUGCCUGGCCUAUCAAUAAAACCUGCGAAGCCUUGGCCACCAAGAUCACUGAGGAUCAAGAGCUGCUGACUGCUCUGGCCCUCUCCCUACAAGUCUACUACAACUCCACAGGCAGUGCUGCAUGCUUCAACACAUCGCAGGAUGCUACCUCUAGUCUCGGGGAGAGGGGGUGGGAUUUUCAGGCCUGUACGGAGAUGGUGAUGCCAAUGUGCUCUGAACCUGGCCCCCACAACAUGUUUCUCGCAAUGCCAUGGGACUUUGCUGCCUACAGUGAAAACUGCUACUUGCAAUUUGGAGUUACUCCACAGGAGUACUUGGUGGAGAUGGAGUAUGGGGGAAAGAACAUCUCCGCCAUCUCCAAUAUUGUGUUCAGCAAUGGGCACCUUGAUCCCUGGUCUGGGGGCGGAGUUCUGGAAUCCAUCUCCUCCUCUCUGGUUGCAGUGGUAAUUCAUGAUGGAGCCCACCAUUUGGACUUGCGGUCCGCGACACCCGACGACCCUUCAGACGUUCUAGCCGCUCGCAAGCUGGAGGAGCAGCACAUCAGCCAGUGGAUCAAAAACCACUCACCAGUACAUGAAUGAUUUUCAUGAAAAAAAACCUGCGAGAAACAAAGCUAGCUAGUUUUUCAUUGCUGCUCUACAUCAAAAGUGAAAUGAGUCCCAAGUUCUCAGUGAUCACGUAGUCUUUUCCUGCUCGAUAAUCUCCUUCGUAGGGAGCGUGUUCUUCUCCUGAGUCUCUGUCGGCUUCAGCUUCGUCUUGUCAAAGCAGGUGACUUCAGACACGUCAGGCUUGUCUCCCAUUGCGCUACCUUUCCUGCAAACACCCCCACAGACUCCUCACAGAAGACCGACAAGAGCGAAAUCCGUCUGAACUGGCUGCUGGGAUCGGAGAUGCUGUUGACAAGAUUUCUAUCACGUGGAUAUCAAC